AUGAACGACCACCGGGGCCAAGGAGACCACCGCCGCACUCCAACCCACGCUGGAGAUGAAGACCACUCGUCUUCCUCACGUCACCGUGAAGCCCCCCGGGCUUUUGAAGAUCGAGUUCACUUCCCUCCGCAGGGUUUUUAUCCUCCGCAGGUGGUUCUCCCUCCGCAGGGUUUUUAUCCUCCGCAGGUGGUUCUCCCUCCGCAGGGUUUUUAUCCUCCGCAGGUGGUUCUCCCUCCGCAGGGUUUCCAUUGGCAGGUGGUCUUUCUACCUCAGGAUUUCUACCUCCCACAGGUGGACGUCUAUCCUCCGCCGGUGGACGUCUUUCCUCCGCAGGUGGACGUCUAUCCUCCGCCGGUGGACGUCUUUCCUCCGCAGGUGGACGUCUAUCCUCCGCCGGUGGACGUCUUUCCUCCGCAGGUGGACGUCUAUCCUCCGCAGGUGGACGUGGACGUCUUUCUUCCGCAGGUGGACGUCUUUCCUCCGCAGGUGGACGUCUUUCCUCCGCAGGUGGACGUGGACGUCUAUCCUCCGCCGGUGGACGUCUUUCCUCCGCAGGUGGACGUCUUUCCUCCGCAGGUGGACGUCUUUCCUCCGCAGGUGGACGUCUUUCCUCCGCAGGUGGACCUGCCUCCGCAGGUGGACGUCUUUCCUCCGCAGGAGGACCUUGUGGAUGUCCACUCUCCCUCUUCUCUAUCUUCUUCCCCUCCAGAUUCUCCCUGCUUUCUUUGUCCUGCCCCAGCACCUUCCUCUCCUGAUGUGGAUCCCUCGUCUCCCUCUGCUUCUUGCUCUUCUGUUUUUUCUUCCACAGAUUUCCAGAGCCCUGAAGAGUUCCUGGACUUCUUUGUCCAGACUCUGGAUUCAGCUCCUGCCUCCCCCACUACUUCUCCUCAGGUUCGUCCUAGCGAUGAUUUCCAGAGCCUUGAAGAGUUCCUGGACUUUUCUCUGCAGACUCUGGAUCCAGCUCCUGCCUCCCCCACUAAUGCUCCUCUUCUUUUCCCUCCCAUCUUUGAUGCGGAGGCGUUUGUUUUAGGUCCAGAGCUUCCUAAUCUCCCUUCAGUUCCUGUACCAGGUUUCUCUGAUCCAGGUGACUCAGUUCCUAACACUGCUUCUCCCUCUUGUUCCCGUAAAUGUAGCAGGGACGAGUGCACUGCUGAGACCAGCUCCAAGAGGCGGCGCUGCUCCUCUCCUGCCUCUUCUCCUCUGGUCUCCCCUGCUCCCUCUUCUUCCUCCCACUCUCCUUCCUCAUAA